AUGGAAGAACAAAGAGGCUUCGUAGCCACAGCCAUCCUGAGCAAAAUGAGCAAUGCUGGAAGAAUGAAAACACCUGGCCUCAAACUAUGCCUCAGAGCAGCAGGUAACAGCACAGAAACUAGGCACGUAGGCCAACGGCAGAGAAUAGAAGAUCCAGACCUGUACUCCUUCAGCUACAACCAUCUGAUUUUCAACGAUAGCAUAACAUAUGAGUGGGAGAAAAGACAGAAUCUUCAACCAAUGAGUAGGUACAAAUCAGUUUUUAAGGAAACUAGGACUAGCAAAGCUGAAAUGCCUUCUCCAAAUCAUUUCCUAAGGAAACAUUCAAGUGACAAACUUCUACCACCUAAAAAGUUUAGCAGGACUGAAUCAAGCAAGCCUGCUGUGCCCUUGAAAACUGAUCACCCAAUCAUGGGAAUACAGAGUGGAAAAACCUUUAUAAAUGCAAAUGCAGCUAAUGUCAUCGUGGGCGUGGCUAAAAAGCCUAAGCCAAUUUAUGUUGAUGGCAGAACUGGAGACAAGCAUGACCUGGGAACCUCAGGCUACUUCAAUAGAAAGGAUUAUGUUAUUACACCUGAAUACGUAUGUACACAAAGUGAGGAGCUAAAGAAAGCCCAAGAAGCGGAUGAUAAUUCUGUCCAGGAGAACCUCAGGAAGGCAGCUAUGAAAAGACCACCAGAUGAAGAAAGGGAGGCGAUUCUUCAGGGGCUGAAAAACAACUGGAAAGAACUGCACAGAGAGUUCCAGUCGCCAUCAUUGUUCAUCGAUUCCAUACCAAAGAAGACUCGUAAGCAGAAGCUGGAGGAAAAGAUGAGCCAACUGGAACACAUCGGUGUCCUGGAGAAGCCCAAAAUCUCAUACACUGCUAACAAGUACCCAUCAACUCUUCGUGUAGAGCAAUGUAAUGGAAAAAGCAUGGACUCUAAACAAGCAAAACUUUUAAGUGUUUCAAAUAGGAAAAUACCAGAAAGAGAGCAGAAAUAAUCCUAAUAAAAUGCUUAGGCAAUGUUUAAAGAAUAAUUAAAUCCUUUGGAAGCUACUUAAAGACAAU